AUGACGUCUGCUAGUAACGAUGAGAAAACGGAAAAAAUGCCUAAAGUUAUUUGGAGAAAGAAGCUUGCUAACCCCGUAAAUAUAAUCCAGUUUUCGGUUGAUUCAUGGCUCGUUGCGUCAGUGGGCGAGUACGACAAGCUUGUCAAGAUCUGGAAGAGGACCAGCUUCGACAAGGACAAUGUAGACUUUGAUUUCAAUUAUAUUCCACAUCCGGCCAGGAUUCUAAGGAUGAGGUGGCAGCAACCAUUUGACAUUUCUCAGUCCAUUGAGAAUACUUUAUAUACGUUGGCAGAUGAUAAGGUAAUAAGGAUUUGGGCGCCAUUCGACUCCAUCGACAUGGGAAAUCUUCAACUAUGGGCAUCUAUAGAUUUACUAGAUCAUCAUUUUGGAUUGAUGCUGGAUAACAGAGAUCUUUCUAGAGCUAUAGAGAGCAGUGUGGCUGCUAAUGGGGCGAACAUUAGUGAUGACGGUAAACUACCGCGUGACUUGUCAAACGUAAUUAGUCUUGCCCAAAGCGCGCCCGAGAUUUGCAUUACAUUUAACAAGGACAAACAAACCAUAUCUGCGUAUAAAGUAGAUAAUGUUGGUCUCAAAAAUAAAAAACUUGCUCAAAUUACAAAGAUUGUUGAUGACCAGAAACUGACAUUAUCUGAGGCCAAUUUAUUCCCAUUUAAAGCGGAUAGACUGGAUUUUUUUACCUAUGCAGCUCAGGCCAAUUCUACUACAAGUGACCUUGCAAGUUUGUCAAUUUUAAUACACGAUUAUUGUGGUACUAUUUAUAACGUUGCGAUCGAUAUCGCCAAACUCCUCAACUCGGAUACCAAUAGAGAACGACGAUUCCUACUUAAAGCCAUAAUUACGGGACAUAACAAAUCUGUUCGAAGAAUAACUCGUUCAGGGGAUGGAAAGCUUUUGUUAACACAGUCUCGAUUUUCUGAGAAUGCUUUAUGGAAGCCUCAAGUCUUGCCUAUUGGUGUCACUCUCCGAAAAUGCAGUUGGUUACACUCAGAAUCAGGUACAGUGACUCAAUCAGUAUUGGUUCCCGAUUCUGACUACGCUAUAACAUUACUCGAUUGUCAGCAAUUAAUUGUUUGGGACUGCCGCUCCCAGGUUGCUGUACAGAUAGGUACAGAUGAAAUUAAACUGGAACAUAUCGCCGAACCAAUGUGUAUGCUCUUAUUACCAGAGGCUGAGCAGUCUGGCAGUUUGCAUCUUAUUAUUGUCUACGAUGAGAAUAAUAUCCUUGUGUGGUCUAUAGACAUAGAGGGACAAAAAGCUAAUGUCAAAUGCAAUGGUAACUUCCCUCUACCUGCAUUCGGUGAAAAUGAAAAGCUCCAUUUAGCAGUGCCAGUUGAUCCUGUAGGCUGGCAUGUUACAGUAGGUUCAACACUAGAUACUUUUCAAAGAGAAGUCAUUAUUACUGUUUCAAACACAGGUGUAUUAAGGGGUUGGACAGCUCGUAUUAACGCAGCUGAAGAGCUGGAAUGGCUGGAGACUUCUGAAGUAUAUACAGGAGUAGCAGGAAUUGUUCGGGCCCAAGUUUCAUCUACAAAGAAGGUAGCUAUUACAAAUUCAGAUUGCACUGAGCUAUCUAUUUGGGACACGUCUAAUGCUCUUCUGGAGUUCAAAGAAACAUUUCCGGCAGAAAACUCAAUAUCAGAUCUUGAUUGGACAACCACUCCUGAUGACCAGUGUGUACUGGGUGUGGGAUUCGCACAACAGAUUGUAUUAUACUGCCAACAGCGAUUUGAUUACACCAACAAGACUCCAUCGUGGGCUCCUUUUAGGCGAGUUGACAUCUCAAAAUAUACCUCACACAAAAUAGGGGAUUCUAUAUGGUUAAAAGAUGGUACGUUUGUUGUAGGUGCUGGUAACCAGUUGUUUGUCCAAGAUCGCAAUGCUGAUAUCAAUGAUGAAACGACGAGACAAUUGCUGGGCUCUCGAUAUACGCGUGCUACAUUAGAUAAUAUUAGCACGAUAUUUGAUAUCUGCUCGGUACUCAACGGUCCGCUUCCAUUAUAUCACCCCCAGCUACUUAUCCAAUCUAUACUUGCAGACAAGAUGGUCAUGGUCAAGCAUAUACUUUGUGUCUUGUUAAAGAGGCUUAAGUUUGCUACUAUCUCGGACCUUCAAGUAGCAGAUCUCGAAAGCAACUUGGGGCUUGAUCCUGCAGAGAUAGCAUUGGAUUCUGAGGCUUACUGUGAAAAGCUUGAAGGGGAGCAGUUCGAGGCAUUUGGGAGGCAAGUUUGUGACGACCUUAUGGAAUGGCUUCAAAAGGUGUCGUUACCUUACUUAACCAGACAUCAACAGAUCACUCUUGCUAGUGUUAUCGAAGCCUUGUCCUACAUAGACGAGCAAGCACGAUCAUUGGACUCAAAUGGAAUCAAGUACCUCCUGGGUUUCAAGCUGUACAAAAUACACAAGGGCAUUCAGGACGCCAUGUCUAUGAGAGAUUUUAAUUGGGCAUUACACAGCGAAUCCCAAAACUUACUACUGGAUAUGGUAAAGCAGCAGACAUCUACGUCAGCGCUCCUGUGGCCAGCAGUAAGAGAAGUCGGGGUGGCUUUUUGGUUAAGGAAUGAUCCCUUAAAGGAGCUAUUUGAGCUUCUUGCAAGAAACUAUUUUGGUGCUGAUGAAAAAAGAGACCCUGUUACGUGUUCUUUGUAUUAUCUGGCACUGCGUCGUAAACAGAUUUUGAUCGGAUUGUGGAGAACAGCGUCAUGGCAUAAGGAGCAACAGAAAACUAUUCAGCUGCUAUCACGAGAUUUCACAGACGACAGAUGGAAAUCUGCUGCUAGGAAAAACGCGUUUGCUUUACUAGGCAAACACAGAUAUGAAUAUGCGGCUUCUUUCUUUCUCCUUGCUGACUCCUUGAGAGACGCUCUUAAUGUUUUGGUGAAGCACGUUGGUGAUUUACCGCUCGCUAUUGCUGUCGCAAGAGUGUACCAAGGGGAUCAUGGUUCUGAGCUGCGCAACCUGAUAAAGGGUCAUAUCAUCCCGAUGGCCAGUACUAGUGGUGACAAGUGGUUAAUGAGCUGGGCGCUAUGGAUGCUCAAAGACCGGCAAGCUGCUAUCAACGCUCUUGCUUGGGGUAUUACUGAUAACGAAGUGGAUGGCAGUAGGACGCCUGUUGGUGGACAUCAGCAGCCUCAAUUCCAGGGACGGUCAGUGUCUUUCUUGGUAGAUGAUCCAGUAUUAGUGAUGUUAUACCGGUACUUACAAGAACAAGAACGAAGACGGGCACCAUCUCGGACCACGCCGAUGGUAUCUCGUUUUGGAAGUCCAUCUUUGAAGCCAAUUGGAAGUGGUGGUCACACACCUCAAAAACAUGUUCUCAACAGAGAUACUGAGUUACGUUUCGUAUUGAAGACAGCAUCCAUUUUUUGUCGUAUGGGCUGUGACAUUUUAGCCCUUGACUUAGUUAGGCGAUGGAAGUUUUUCAAUACGAACAACACAUAUGUAAGAACUCUGAAGGACACUAAUACCAGUAGUUUAUUAGACAAACCCAAUGACCUGCUUACUACUGCUGCCAAAAUAGUUGAGUCAAAUCCACAAGAUCAGUUUAACGAGAAAAUCUCAACGAGUGCAAAAAAUAAGCUGCAACCGGUCGCAGCUGUGGCCUUUGAAGAACCAGAUAUGAGUUCAUUUAACUUUGGAUUCUAG